AGAUGUGUAUCAUAUCAUUACCACAGAAGAAGAUUGUACAGGAAAUAACCAGCAUUUAAUCAGGGAUGGACAAAGUCAUAAACUGUUUCGGCAAGUGUCCAGAUGCUGUUGUCCGUCUUAUCUGUUUCCCCUGGGCCGGUGGAGGGUCUAUCCACUAUGCCCGCUGGGCCAAAUCUCUCAACAGCUCUAUUGAAGUGUAUUCAGUUAGACUGCCUGGCAGAGAAGGGAGAAUCAAGGAACAAUUUUUUACGAAUAUGCAAGAAAUCCUUGAUGAGGUGAUUGGUGCGCUACUUCCACAACUCAAAGAGAAGCCAUUUGCCCUCUUUGGACAUAGUUUUGGAGCUAUGACUUGCUUUGCCUUUGCCGAGCAUGUGAAGAAGGUCUUCGAUCUUGAGCCGAUCCAUAUAUUUCUCUCUGGAGCCUCUGCACCAUAUUCUAAGGCAAGAUUGCAGGCACCAAAAAGAAGUGACCUUUCAGAUCAAGACUUCCUUGCAUGGGUAAAUUCCAUUGGAGGAACACCGCCAGAGAUACUGGCCAAUGCCGAGCUUGUAAAACUCUUCUUGCCUGCGUUGAAGGCGGACCUCUGUGUGGCUGAAAACUUUAGGUGUAGCAGCCCAUCAACACCCUUUUUAUCAUGUCCAGUCACAUGCUUUGAUGGACAGGAGGACAUGCCCCAUGACUUACAAGCGUGGAAGCUCAUGACAAAUGGUGAAUUUACAGUGCAGAUGCUCCCUGGAUCUCACUUUUACCUGAAAGAAAAAGCAAAUGAAAAAAUAAUACUGGACCACAUUACUAAACAUCUUGAGACAGCAGAGAUGGACUAUAUGUAGAAACUCAGUCCUUUGUCAUACUAAUGGAAGUUCAUUUAGACUACUAUCAAAACAUAUUUAUGUGAUAAAUAAUUGCUUAUUUAUAUUUUCACUGAUUAAGUAAAGUUUCAUGUCAAAUGAAUAAAUGUCGGGAGACAGAGAGUACAAUAAUAAUAGCAAAAGUUUUCAUUCCAUUAGUAACAUUAAAAAAAUUAUUUUGACCAAUCAAAUGCGUGCAUGCAUGUAUAAAUAUAGAUGAAAUGAAAGA